AAAAAAAAAAAUUAAUUUGAUAUAUAAAGUGGGUGGCACAUUCGUGAGUGAGAUGUGAAAUGGAUGAUGUUAGGCUAUAAAACGACGACGUUCGAUGAAUCGGAGAGCAAUCUGAAGCUUGAGAAGAGUCCAUUGUCUCAACGACGAAUUCGAAUAUUCUCCUUUGGUUUCACUACACGUAUCGUUCUUCAAAUACCCUAUAGGCCCGUGGCUUCCACGUUUCAAUUGUGUGGCAUCUGAUGUAAAAAAUUGACAAAUUGAUAGGGUGUUUCCAAACUAGCCAUCUUCUUCGUCGCAGCCUCAUUUCCCUGCCUUAGAAAACGAAACGUUCAACUCCUUCGCUCUCCACUCCAAACGUCAUUCAAUUACCUCCAAAACACUGCGUUAGCUCUCCUCCGCCAUGGCGGGACUCUGCCGCCUGAAAUUGGCGGCGCCACUGCUGCUCCACCUUCGGAGACUCACUCUCAGCCGAUCUUUCGGUGCAGCCGCAGCAGCUCAACCACAAUUCAACGUCGAUUACCAUCGCGAGAGCGAGUACGAGCCUCUCCGUGGAUCGGCUGCGGCGUCGAUGGUAGAUUCUGAAGGUUCGGCGCCGAGCAGAGGAGUGCAGUGGGUGUUCAUAGGAAACCCCGGCGCAAAGAAGCACGUGUACGCAGGGAAACUCUCAAAGCUUCUACAGGUUCCUCACAUUUCAAUCGCGAGCCUCGUUCGGCAAGAUCUUCAUCCUCGUUCUUCACUUUACGAACAGAUUGCAAAUGCAGUGAACAACGGUAAACUUGUUCCGGAGAAUGUCAUAUUUGGAUUGUUGUCGGAGAGGCUGGAAGCUGGAUAUUACAGGGGUGAGUGCGGGUUCAUUCUUGAUGGAAUUCCUCGAUCUGUGAGCCAAGCGGAGAUCCUCGACCAACUUGCUGUCAUUGAUCUGGUUGUGAAUUUUAAAUGCGCUGAUGAUUUCUUCGUUAAAGACCGAGAAAGUGGCAUUUCUUCCCAUUGUAAUGAAUGUUGUAGCACAAACAACUCUGAUUCUGUAACCCUGGACAUUCCCACAAGGCCUGUUCAAGCAAAAAUUGCAAAAUCAGUCACUACUAGCAAGGAAGGUGCUUGGAAGGGAACAGUUCGGGUCUAUUUGGAGCAGAUCAAGCCACUAGAAGAUUACUACAGAAAACAGAAGAAGCUUCUCAACUUUCAAGUAGGCAAUGCACCUGGGGAAACCUGGAAAGGGCUAUUGGCCGCAUUACAUCUCAAGCAUGUAGAUGCUUAGCAUUCUUCACAGAAAUUGACUGCCGGAUUCACCAGUCAUUGAUCUUUGGACUACAUAUACUUUUCAUUGAGUUUUUGACAUUACUGUAACUACAAGUCAUGUAAAUGACAGGGUUAGCUUGAAGGUUCUGUACCAAAUAGUUCAAUAAUAUUGUCGGAGAUCUCAGUUUCUCUAAAAAUAUCAAAGAUGACAGUUUGUAAAUGUAGUUUUGGCAGUUAAAUGCAGAAGAAGCCAGAUUUUCAAGCUUGAA